UACAAUUUGGCAUAUUGAUAUUGCUUUUUAUUGAGAUUUAUCUUUACGCGUGAAAAUUCAUAAUUUUUCUUAUCCUUCACAGUAUGUAGUGGUACUAAAUUCACACAGUAAUAGAUUAAAUACUGUAAAAUGUCUCUCGAACAAACAGCGUGCGAUGAUCUGAAAGCGUUUGAACGCCGACUGACUGAAGUAAUAGCAUGUUUGCAACCGGCGACGACUAGGUGGCGAAUCUUGCUGGCAGUGGUUUCGGUUUGCACAGCUAUCGCGGCGUGGCACUGGCUGACAGAUCCGUUAACUCCGGUAGUCUCUCUAACACAGUCCUUGUGGAACCACCCUUUCUUCGCUUUUACUUCUACAUUUUUAGUGCUUCUGUUCAUGAUGGGCGUCCACCGCAAAGUGAUCGCGCCGAGCAUCGUCACCGCGCGCACGCGCGCUGUACUCAACGACUUCAACAUGUCAUGCGAUGACAGCGGGAAACUCAUCCUUAAACCUCGCCCCGCCAAUAACUAAUGUAAAUAUUAUUUAAGAAUACAUUACUUUGUAGAUUA